GGAGAUUCUUCACUCGCACCAUUUUUUCAGUUCAGUUAAAACAUUUUAGAUUAGCAUAGUAAAAUUGGACUGUUAUACCAAACAGCCACAUGGAUAUAACAAUUUGGCACGAUCCAAAGGACCUUAAGUCAAGUUGUGAUGAAACUGAUGUUAUUUGCAACGGUAGAAAUGGAAACAUUAGAAGAGGCGUUUCCAAAGCACUCGGGCAUUUUGUCAUCAAAUGUUACCAAAUAACUGGCACCCAAAUAUCAAAUGAUAUUCUAAAAAAGAAAGUUUAUAACUCGGCGACCAUUUUGCAUAGUUUGAGGCACGAGAAUAUAGUCAGUAUAUACGGUGUCACAUCAUGGGACCAAUGCUAUGCUGUUAUAACACCUUAUAUGCCUGGUGGAAGUUUAAAUUGCUUACUACGACGUGAAGUUGUGGACGGACUUAAGCUACGUAUUGCUCGAGACAUAAGUGCUGGCAUAGUGUACCUGCAUUCCAUAAAGAAAAGUAAUGGACAGAUAGUUACUCAUGGCUCAAUCAAACCAAGCAACAUUUUACUUGGACCAAAUUUAAGAGCAAUGAUUACCGAUUUUGACGCUGCGCAAAUUGCAACCUGCACUGGCCAUCGAAGUGAUGAGACUGAUCUAGGCUCAUUACCUACUAAUGCUAUAGUGUAUUCUGCACCAGAGAGAAUCACACAUAUUUUCAGCUUGUAUAAGCCGCAUAUGGAUGUAUACAGCUUUGGGACAAUUCUAUAUGAACUGAUCCUGCAGAGAGCACCAUAUUACAACAUUGAUCAGGCAGGAAUCUCACAAUACAUUAUUCAUAACUCUCCAGAUAUGACCCCAUUUGAUAACCUCCGAGAACAGAAUGAGAUAUUGCAAUGCUUAGUUGAUGAAAUGAAGAAAUGCAUAACAAGAGAUGGGGAAAGGCCUAGUAUUGUAGAUGUACAUGAUAAUCUAGAUGAGGUAAACCACAACCAGAAUCACUUAGAAAUAGCAAUAAAAGCUCAUGAUCUGAUGGUGUCACUUAAAAUGUAUGAUGUCCCAUAUAACACUACUACUGAAAGAACCUCGAUCCAAAAAUUCGUCUUUCCGUUUAGGUCUAUUCCCAGAGACUAAAACUUAAAACCUUACUCUUCAGAGAUACCAUUUGAUCUUUAGAGCGAUUAUAAGAUUAUUUUCAAUGUAUGGCUGACAAUUUAGACAACCCUUAAUGGACCACUGAAUUGAAGAAAUUAAACAGCUGUUUAUUGUAUUGUGCAAACACAUAAUAAUAGUAACACUGGUCACUGUUAACAUGUAACCUUUUUGCUAAGGGAAGGUGCUCUAACCACUGCAUUUAAUGCAAUAAUAUUUAUUAAAAAAAUUAUAAAGUUAACUUUAACUGCUAUAUUACCAUUAAGGAAUUAAAUUUUAUGAUUCACAUUUAAUACAUUUCAUAUAAAAAAUUCUUCAGAGGCAACAUGCAUUAACAUUUGUUAAAAAUUAACAUUU